AUGCCUCCGACUACGACAGAUGCUAGCUCAGCGCCAACGACAUCCAACGGAGAAGAAGAGCCAUCCCUAGAAUCGCUAGAGAGCGAGCUCGACCAGAGCAUGACACUCGUCCCAUACGGCUCACCAGAGUCCACGUCAAACGGAGCUCAUCCAGAUGGACAAGGGCACGUCUUACCCGGCCUAGGCGGCGUGAUAAACGAACCCCUUGCAGCGUUGUUCGGAAAUGCACCAUUCUUCGUCUACGGCUUCGCGAACGCCACGAGCGCAAAUCUCCCGACUCUAGUUCAACUUGCCUUAUCCGACUUAUUCGCCGACCACAUGACCGAGGAGCAAUGGGAACAAGAACAGAUCCAAGACGCUUUGCACUGGGAAAUGGCAAACUCUGAAGCAAUGUUUGGACCUAUUCGCCAUCAAACUCGAACAACACGCGUGGAAGUCGCCACCGCUUUCGUCGAGACGCUGGAGGAAGUCGAUAUUGCCAGUAUCGAACCUGAAGACAUGAAAUGUCCGCUUUGCUGGCUUCCUUUCGGCAGCACCACGGACGAGGAGGGUCCAACGAUUGCCACCUUCCUCGACGAGGAAGAGCGAGAAAUCACGGAGCGCUUACAUGCGAGCUACAGUCUGCCCUUCUGUGAGAACAGGCCGGACAACGACCCUGUGUCGGGUUGA